AUGACGGGGCGAUCGGGGCCCCGGGGCUUUGAUGCCAUCGUGAUAAGGGGCAUUCGGGGCCACCUCGGCUACCUGAUCUCCAAGUGCUGCUUCCCCAUCUUCAAAGCCAAGACCGGCAAAGCCAAGCGAGUCCGGACCAUCUUCACCAGUGACCAGCUGGCCCGACUGGAGAAGGAGUUUGCACGGCAGCAGUACAUGGUGGGCACAGAGAGGUGCCUGCUCGCCUCCUCCCUGCACCUCACUGAAGAGCAGGUGAAAGUCUGGUUCCAAAACCGGAGGAUCAAGUGGAGGAAACAAAGCCUGGAACAGCAACAAGCCAAACUGGCCAAAAUGGGUGGCCACCCCCCAGAGGAGCCCCGACUCGCAGAGCCACCACGGCGAGGAGGACAAGGACUUCCGAGCAGAGCCAGAGGACGGCCAGGAGGACAUGGCCUCCUGCCCGGGCUCAGGGACAGCACCCGCACAGACUGUGGCAAAGAGCUGCUGAAUCGCCCCUUCGGGCUGCUUUUCCGUGUGUAUUAUAUGAAUGUAUCAUAG